AUGGAGUCAAUUGAAAUAUACAAUAUCAAGAAGUAUGGUGACCCAAACGUGGACGUCAUUCCUGUGUCCGAUCUGGCGUUUACCCAAAAGCUGUGGACGGGCAGUUUCGGCCACGUAGUGUUGGCCCGGCAUUGUGCUACCGGCGAGUUGAAAACUGUGAAGGCGGUAAGUGCCAGAGUGGUGUCUACUUGGCCGAGGAACGUGAACGCCGACCGGAAUGCUAUGGCGGCGAUGGGAACGUUCCCGUUCACGGUCCGGUUAGAGUGCUGGGCAGCAGAUACCGAAUGGUUAUACCUGAUUAUGCCUAUGGUGUCCGUCGGCACCCUGUUCGAGCUAGUGUCUGAACACGGCAGGCUCAACGAGAACAUCGUGCUCGGCGUCGAGUUCCUACACGCUACUGGGCUAGUGCAUCGAAAUCUCAAGCCUGAAAACGUGCUGGUCAAUGUCAAUGGUUACGUACGACUGUCAGGGUUUGGUGAUAGCAAGCUGAUCGGGCGGGCCAGUCGCACCUACUCGCUGUGUGGCACUCCCGACUACAUGCCACCCGAGAUGGUUGGGUUCCGUGGCUACGGUCUGGCAGUGGACUACUGGAGCCUGGGCAUAAUGCUUUACGAGAUGGCAGCCGCGCAUCCACCGUUUAUAGGACCAGACGUUGGAGUGUUGUUCGGGCGAAUCUUGCGUGGCGAGUACCGGAUGGACAAUACGUUCAGCCCAUCCCUUAGGAACCUGAUCCAGAACUUGGUCCAAACUUACGAGAUAUUGCAUUAA